AAGAAAGGCAACUGAGGUUAGCAGAAACUGGGGGUGAGUUUUGCCAGGCACGUAGCCAUAGCUACAGCUGUCAAUGCGGAGAAAAUAAAGCUACCCGAAGCGAUCGUGAAUGACUUCCUAAUACACACCACCAAAAAGCUGAGAGAUGAGCCAGAAGUCGGAGCGCAGGGGGAUCCACGUGGACCAGUCGGAGCUGCUGUGCAAGAAAGGAUGCGGGUACUACGGCAACGCGGCCUGGCAGGGCCUCUGCUCCAAGUGCUGGAGGGAGGAGUACCAGCGUGCCCGGCAGAAGCAGAUCCAGGAGGACUGGGCGCUAGCGGAGAAGCUGCAGAGGGAGGAGGAGGCCGCCUACGCUAGCAGCCAGGGUGUGCAGCAGCCCCAGCCCUCCCUCGCCCCAUUCUCCAAAUUCGAGGAGAAGAAGACCAAUGAGAAGACGCGGAAGGUGACCACCGUGAAGAAGUUCUUCAGCCCCUCGUCACGCACUGCGCCCAAGAAAGCCCCCUCUGAGAGAGUAGAGAAGGUGUCGGGGGUGAGGGAGCGCCACGGAGAGACUCUCCUCAGGGACCUGAGGGGGAUGUUUGCCCAGCCUUGGGAGAUGGUGGCCCCCACUGAAGAGUCCCACGAGGGGAAAACCCCCAGCCCCUCCAUCAGCCGGCAGUCCAGCAUCGAGACGGACCGUGUGUCCCGGGACUUCGUUGACUUCCUCAAGAACCUGCAGAAGCCGGGCCGUGAGAUUCACAAACAGUGCAGAGCCUUCAUUGAGGGCAUGGCCAACAAGAAGGACCUUGGGGCCGAUGAGCAGUCAGAGUGCGUCCAGGACUUCUAUCAGAGCAUGUCCGACCGCCUCAUGACCCACUUUAAAGGGUCGAGUGAACGUGUGGAAAGAGUGAUGGACCAAGUGGAGAAGUACAUCAUGACACGUCUCUAUAAGAAUGUCUUCUGCCCCGAGACCACGGACGACGAGAAGAAAGAUCUGGCCACACAGAACAGGAUUAGGGCCCUGCACUGGGUCACCAUUCAGAUGCUGUGUGUCCCAGUGGAUGAGGAGAUCCCGGAGGUGUCGGACAAUGUGGUAAAAGCCAUCACAGACGUCAUCGAGAUGGACUCCAAGCGCGUGCCCCGGGACAAGCUGGCCUGCAUCACCCGCUGCAGCAAGCACAUCUUCAACGCCAUCAAGAUCACCAAGAAGGAGCCGGCGUCCGCCGACGACUUCCUGCCCACCCUCAUCUACAUCGUGCUGAAGGCCAACCCGCCCCGGCUGCAGUCCAACAUCCAGUACAUCACCCGCUUCUGCAACCCUAGCCGCCUCAUGACCGGCGAGGACGGCUACUACUUCACCAACCUGUGCUGUGCGGUGGCCUUCAUCGAGAAGCUGGACGCGCAGUCUCUGAACCUGAGCCCAGAGGACUUUGAGCGCUACAUGUCUGGCCAGGCGUCGCCCCGGAGGCAGGAGCCUCAGGCGUGGCCCCAGGCGGGGCCCAGCAGCAGCCCGGGCCUCAGCCAGGUCUACCAAAGCCUGGACCUGCUGGCGGGGCUGGGGGCGCGGCAGGAGCGGGUGCUGGAGGGGGCGCGGACCCUCGAGAGCGACCUCAUCAGCUGGCAGGAGAGCGUGGAGCGUGAGGUGCAGGAGAUCCUGGAGAAGUACCCGCUGGAGAUCCGCCGCCCGGCCUCCGCCAUCGACUCGGACAACGUGGAGAACGACCGCCUGCCCCCGCCGCUCCAGCCCCAAGUAUUCGCUGGCUGACCUUUCGGAGUGUCUCUCCCAU